AUGAGGACGCGGUGGGCGACCCUUCGCCGCGCGGCGGGGCUCCUCUUGCUACUUCUCAGCUGCUGCGGACUGGCGGAGCCCUCUGGCCGCGCAGGCAAUGAUCCAUUCACCGUUGUCAAUGAAAACAUGGGCAAGUGCAUCAAGCCACUGAAUGACUGGAUAAUAGCAACAGACUGUGAUGGAAGUAGGGACAUGUUAUGGAAGUGGGUGUCCCAGCAUCGCCUCUUUCAUUUGCAAUCCCAGAAGUGCCUGGGGCUAGAUAUUACUAAACCUACAGACUCCUUGAGAAUGUUCAGCUGUGACUCCAGUGCUAUGCUGUGGUGGAAAUGUGAGCACUACUCUUUGUACGGAGCUGCCCAGUACAGAUUGGCUCUGAAGAAUGGACAUGCUAUAGCAAGUACAAAUUCAUCUGACGUCUGGAAGAAAGGAGGCACAGAGGAAAACCUCUGUGACCAGCCUUACCAUGAGAUAUAUACCAGAGAUGGGAACUCCUAUGGAAGACCUUGUGAAUUUCCAUUCUUAGUUAAUGGGACCUGGCAUCAUGAGUGCAUUCGUGAUGAAAAUCAUGGUGGGCCAUGGUGUGCAACCACUUUAAAUUAUGAGUAUGAUCAAAAGUGGGGCAUCUGCUUAAUACCAGAAAAUGGCUGUGAAGAUAAUUGGGAAAAGAAUGAGCAGAUUGGAAGUUGCUACCAAUUUAAUACUCAGGCAUCUCUUUCUUGGAAGGAAGCUUAUGUUUCAUGUCAGAAUCAAGGAGCUAACUUACUGAGCAUCAGUGAUGCUGAUGAAUUAACUUAUCUUAAAGAAAAAGAGGGCAUUCCAAGAAUUUUCUGGAUUGGCUUAAAUCAACUAUAUUCUGCUAGAGGCUGGGAAUGGUCAGACCACAAGCCAUUAAACUUUCUCAACUGGGACCCAGACAUGCCUAGUGCACCUAUGAUAAUAGGUGGAUCAAGCUGUGCAAGAAUGGAUGCCAGGUCUGGUCUAUGGCAGAGUUUUUCCUGUGAAGUUCAACUGCCCUAUGUCUGCAAGAAACCAUUAAAUAACACAGCGGAGUUAACAGAUGUUUGGACAUAUUCAGAUACACACUGUGAUGCAGGCUGGAUGUCAAAUAAUGGGUUUUGCUAUCUUCUGGUAAAUGAAAGUGAUUCCUGGGAUAAGGCACAUAUGAAAUGUAAAGCCUUAAGCAGUGACCUCAUCAGCAUUCAUUCUUUAGCAGAUGUGGAGGUGGUUGUCACAAAACUUCAUCAUGGGGAUGCCAAAGAAGAAAUAUGGACAGGUCUUAAGAACAAAAAUAUACCAACUUUAUUUCAGUGGUCAGAUGAUACUGAAGUUACUUUAACAUAUUGGAAUAAGAAUGAGCCAAAUGUUCCCUACAAUAAGACUCCCAACUGCGUUUCCUAUUUAGGAAAGCUAGGUCAGUGGAAAGUCCAAUCAUGUGAAGAGAAACUUAAAUAUGUAUGUAAAAAAAAGGGAGAACAAAUGAAUGAUACAACUUCUGAUAAGAUAUGCCCUCUGGAUGAGGACUGGAAAAGACAUGGAGAAACCUGUUACAAGAUUUACAAGGAUGAGGUCCCUUUUGGAACCAAGUGCAAUCUGACUAUAACUAGCAGAUUUGAGCAAGAAUACCUGAAUGAUAUGAUUAAAAAGUAUACUAACUCUCCAGGAAAAUACUUCUGGACUGGCCUGAGAGAUACAGAUUCACAUGGAGAGUAUAGCUGGACAGGUGUUGGUGGAGUAAAGCAAGCUGUAACCUUUUCCAACUGGAAUUUUCUUGAGCCAGCUUCUCCAGGUGGGUGUGUGGCUAUGGCUACUGGACAGUCUCUUGGAAAGUGGGAGGUAAAGGACUGCAGAAAAUUCAGAGCACUUUCAAUCUGCAAGAAAAUAAGUGGGCCCAUUGAGCCUGAAGAGGUAGCUCCCAAGCCUGAAGCCCCCUGUCCUGAAGGCUGGCAUAGUUUCCCCUCCAGUAUUUCUUGUUAUAAGCUGUUUCAUAUAGAAAGAAUUGUAAGAAAAAGGAACUGGGAAGAAGCUGAGAGGUUCUGCCAAGCUCUUGGAGGACACCUUCCUAGCUUCAGUCAUAUGGAUGAAAUAAAGGAAUUUCUUCACUUUUUAAUGGACCAGUUCAGUGACCAGCGUUGGCUGUGGAUAGGUUUGAAUAAAAGGAGCCCAGAUUUACAAGGAUCCUGGGAGUGGAGUGAUCAUACACCAGUGUCUACUAUCAUCAUGGAAAAUGAGUUUCAGCAGGAUUAUGAUAUCAGAGACUGUGCUGCUGUCAAGGUCAUUCACAGGCCAGGGCGAAGAAGCUGGUAUUUCUAUGAUGACAGAGAAUUUAUUUACUUACGACCUUUUGCUUGUGACACAAAACUUGAAUGGGUAUGCCAGAUUCCAAAAGGCUUUACUCCAAAAACACCAGACUGGUACAAUCCAGAGCGUGCUGGAAUUCAUGGACCUCCAGUUGUCAUUGAAGGGAGUGAAUAUUGGUUUGUUGCUGAUCCUCACUUAAACUAUGAAGAAGCUGUGCUGUAUUGUGCUAGCAAUCACAGCUCCCUGGCUACACUGACAUCUUUGACAGGACUAAAAGCCAUCAAAAACAAAAUAGCAAACAUAUCUGGUGAUGAACAGAAGUGGUGGGUGAGAACUGGUGAACAGCCCAUAGAUCGUCACUUUCUUAACUCACGAUAUCUAUGGCAUCACUUUCCUAUAACAUUUCGGGAGGAAUGCUUGUACAUGUCUGCCAAGACUUGGUUUAGCGACUUAAAUAAACCUGCAGACUGUAGUACCAAGUUGCCCUUCAUCUGUGAAAAAUAUAAUGUCUCUUCGUUAGAAAAAUAUAGUCCAGAUUCUGCAGCUAAAAUACAGUGCUCUGGGGAUUGGAUUGCUUUUCAGAAUAAGUGUUUUCUAAAAAUCAAACCCAAGUCUCUCACAUUUUCUCAAGCAAGUGAUACUUGUCAUACCUAUGGUGGCACCCUUCCUUCAGUGUUGAGCCAGAGAGAACAAGAUUUUAUUACAUCCUUGCUUCCGGAUAUGGAGGCUACCUUAUGGAUUGGUUUGCGCUGGACUGCCUAUGAAAGGAUAAACAAGUGGACAGAUAACAGGGAGCUGACAUACAGUAACUUUCACCCAUUGCUGUCUGGUUGGAGGCUGAAAAUACCAACAAAUAUUUUUGAGGAAGAGUCCCAAUACCACUGUGCUCUAAUGCUCAACCUCGAAAAGUCGCCUUAUACUGGGACAUGGAAUUUUACUUCCUGCAGUGAGCACCACACUCUGUCUCUCUGUCAGAGAUAUUCAGAAAUUGAAAGCAGACAGACCUUGCAGAAUACUUCAGACACUAUAAAGUAUCUAAAUAAUUUGUACAAAAUAAUCCCGAAGAGUCUGACUUGGUUUGAUGCUCUGAAGGAGUGUCAGAAAGAUAACAUGCACCUGGUGAGCAUCACAGACCCUUACCAGCAGGCGUUCCUAACUGUGCAGACGGUCCUUCAUAACUCUUCUUUAUGGAUUGGACUCUCCAGUCGAGACGAUGAACUCAACUAUGGUUGGUCAGAUGGGAAACAUCUUCAAUUUAGCCGCUGGAUUGAAAAUAAUAAUCAACUUGAAGACUGUGUAAUCUUAGACACUGAUGGUUUCUGGAAGACAUCUGACUGUGAGCAUCAGCAACCAGGUGCUAUUUGCUACUAUCCAGGAAAUGAGACUGAAAAAGAGAUCAAACUGGUUGACAGUGUUCAGUGUCCCUCUCCCGUUCUGUCAACUCCGUGGAUACCAUUUCAGAACUCUUGCUACAAUUUCAUGGUAGGAAAGACUAAAUAUCAUGCAGUAACACCAGAUGAAGUUCAUUCUAAAUGCCAGAAUCUGAAUCCAAAAUCACAUGUUCUGAGUAUUCGAGAUGAAAAAGAGAAUAACUUUGUUCUUGAGCAACUUCUGCACUUGAAUAAUAUGGCUUUAUGGGUCACAUUAGGUAUAACUUAUGAAAAUAAUUCUCUCCUGUGGUCUGAUAAGACCAUGCUGUCAUAUACAAAUUGGAGAGGAGGAAGACCAGAUAUAAAAAAUGGCAAUUUUUUUGCUGGCUUGAGUACUGAUGGCUUCUGGGAUAUUCAAACCUUCAAUGCUAUUGAAGAAAUAUUUUACUAUAACCAGAACAGCAUUCUUGCUUGUAAAAUUGAAAUGGUUGACUACAAGGAAGAAUAUAAUGCUACUCUGCCACUGUUUAUUCCAUAUGAAGAUGGUAUUUAUAAUGUUAUCCAAAAAAAGGUAACAUGGUAUGAAGCAUUGAACAUGUGUUCUCAAAGUGGAGGUUAUUUGGCAAGUGUUCAUGACCAAAAUGGCCAGCUCUUUCUGGAAGAUAUCGUAAAACGUGAUGGAUUUCCACUAUGGGUUGGGCUCUCAAGUCACGAUGGAAGUGAAUCAAGUUUUGAAUGGUCUGAUGGCAGUACAUUUGACUACAUCCCAUGGAAAGAUAAAAAAUCUGCUGGAAAUUGUGUUGUCUUGGAUCCAAAAGGAAUUUGGACACAUGAAAAGUGCAAGUCUGUUAGGGAUGGUGCUAUUUGUUAUAAACCUACAAAAUCUAAAGAGGUGUCUUCUCAUACCUACUCAUCAAGAUGUCCAGCAGUGAAAGGGAACGAAUCACAGUGGAUCCAGUAUAGGGACCACUGUUACGCGUCCAACCAGGCAUUGCACAGUUUCUUGGAAGCUGAACAGUUUUGUUCAAAACUUGAUCAUUCUGCAACUAUUGUUACCAUAGAGGAUGAAGAUGAGAAUAAAUUUGUGAGCAGACUGAUGAGGGAAAAUAAUAAUAUUACCAUGAGAGUUUGGCUCGGAUUAUCUCGACAUUCUACUGAUCAGUCUUGGAAUUGGUUGGAUGGAUCAAAAGUGACAUUUGUCAAAUGGGCAAAUAAAAUUAAGAGUGGUGAUGGAAAAUGUAGCAUUUUGUUAGCUUCAAAUGAAACUUGGAUAAAAGUUGAAUGUUCACAUGGCUAUGGAAGGGUUGUCUGCAAAGCUCCUCUGGACUGUCCUUCAUCUACCUGGGUUCAGUUCCAAGACAGUUGUUACAUUUUUCUUCAAGAAGCCAUCAAAGUAGAAAGCAUAGAGGACGUCAGAAAUCAGUGUACUGAUCAUGGAGCAGACAUGGUAAGCAUACAUAAUGAAGAAGAAAAUGCUUUUAUACUGGAGACUUUGAAAAAGCAAUGGAAAGGCCCAGAUGAUAUCCUACUAGGCAUGUUUUUUGACACAGAUGAUGCAAGUUUCAAGUGGUUUGAUAAGUCAAAUAUGACAUUUGAUAAAUGGACAGACCAAGAAGAUGGUGAGGAUCUAGUUGACACCUGUGCCUUUUUGCACACCAAGACAGGUGAAUGGAAAAAAGGAAAUUGUGAAAUUUCUUCUGUGGAAGGAACCCUUUGUAAAGCAGCUAUCCCAUAUGAAAAGAAAUAUUUAUCAGAUAACCACAUUUUAAUAUCAGCUUUGGUGAUUGCUAGCACAGUAAUUUUGACAGUUUUGGGAGCAAUCGUUUGGUUCCUGUACAAAAGAAAUUUGGAUUCUGGUUUCACCACAGUUUUUUCAACUGCACCCCAAUCACCUUAUAACGACGACUGUGUUUUGGUUGUUGCAGAAGAAAAUGAGUAUGCUGUUCAAUUUGACUAAGAUCUUGGAAAUUUCAGAUUAAGACAUCAAAUGUUGACAGCAAUUUCCUGUACAGGAUUUUAAUGUAAAAUUUGAUGAAAAUCAGUUUUCAUGGUAUA